AUGAAGAUCAUUUGGGAAAGUGACGAUUGGCCUGGUUGUAUUGUUGAUUCGAGUAUUACUUGCUUGAACUGGAUACCUAAUGGCGACAAUGUCGAUACUGGCCUCUUGGCUACCGGGUCAGAAUCAGGAGCAGUAGGGGUGACAGCAACAGAAGCUUGCCCAUUACGAGACGACAAUAGGAGGGUUAAUUUUAAUCUUCGCGGUCACCAUAGUACAGUGAAUAUAGUGGCAUGGAACAAGGAGCAGAUGAAAUUAGCAAGCUGCGAUAGUUCGGGAAUUAUCUAUGUUUGGGUACCGAAUGAAGAAAGGUGGAGUGUAGAAUUGGUGAACGAUCGUGGUAUUAAGGUUCGUGGUGUAACCUGGAGCCCAAAUGGUUCAUCGGCACUUAUUUGUUAUGAAGACAAUUUUGUUCUAAUUGGUUCUGCCACGGGUCAAAGGAUAUGGUCUAGUUCAUUUCCUGUUACUGUCAAUUGCGGUGUUUGGGCUCCCGACUCGCGCGAAAUUAUUCUGGGAUUCAAUAAUGGUACAAUUCAGGUGUUGAAUGAACAAGGCGCGACAGUUACAGAAAGAAAGAUGUAUGUAAAUAGCAGUGUUCGGUUUUUAGCAGCAUCUUCAAGACGUAGGAAUGAUAGAUGGACAUUAGCUGUUUGUUCUGGAACGGGUCUUCUUAAUUUCUUGAAUUCUUAUGAUGAGAUUGAUAAUGCGAAAUGGCAGUGUAAUGAGACUCUCAUAAGCAUUCAAUGGAAUGCAAAUGGUACACUGUUAGCUGUCGUAUGUAAAGAAAAUCAUUUCUUUAUUAUGACAUAUCAAGGAAAUGUUGUCUGUGAUAGCCAAGUUUCGCAGUCUUCGGCCACUGCUCUUACUGCAUUUACGUGGGUUCAUGAUGAUCGCUUCAUUAUUGCUACGUCAGGUAAUCAAUUGGCUGUUGGACGAGUUCUACAUGAUGUGCCAUCGUUAUUCAAUUUGGUUACUUACAACUUAUGGCAACUAUUGGGCGCAUCCGCACGGCAUGUCGAUGUACUCCCACUACCUCCACGAGAGCGGAAUGCUAUUCGUGCUUUGGACCAUCAUAUAAUAAGAUGUCGUGUUCCUUCACAAAAUGACAUGCUGAUGAAGGUUUGUGAGCCCUCCGACUGGCGAUGGUAUUGUACAAUACGCCCUGUGCCAAGUAAAGUUCACACAUAUAUGUUAUGCAUGGAGCACAUGGCCGGCCUCAUUCCUGUUCUGCUCGGCAAGCAAACGAAUAGAAUCAUUCCUCAGUUCCAAAUUUCUCUCUAUAAUCCCAGAUUGCCACUGGUAAAAUCGGACAGUGGAAGUUCUGCGCAAGUUGAAGAUGUAGGUACUUUUGCUCGACCAUCUACACAGCGUAACUCUGUCUGGAGAAGAAGUAAACGUCAAUUAAGAGCUUUUAUGAAUCGCUAUGUUAAUUGUCCCAUCAGCAGAAAUGACGGCAAACUAGUUCAGAUUACGUCCAAUGUGUGGUGCACUCGUUUCAAAAUGUUAUCCGUCACAACCAAUAUUCUUCCAACUUUCCUUGCUCAAGUUGUUUACAAGACAUCAGUUCUUCACUUGCAACCUCGUCAAAUGACAGUGCAAUUGGCUGACUUGACCAAAAGAACUGGCAGUCCUCUGGUAAGUUGUGGAACUUAUCGUAAGCCAAUAAACAGUGCACAGUCAAGUAAUGACGGUGGCUUUUCGAAUAAAGGCAAUGUUCGCAAUGUCAUUAUCGCUCCAAGUGACAGAGAAAAUCUGAUCAGAAGACGUGGUACGCCGAUGGACACAGAACCACUGAUCGAUGAAACAGUUGAGGAGCCGUUAUCAAUCGAAGAAAAACUUCUUUUUCAAAGUAUCUUAUCAGAAUUCAAUGAUCUGAAAGCGGCAGUGGAAAGGCAUAUUGCAAAGAUGAAGUGUUUUGCCAGCGAUCUUGAAAGAUCAUCACAGAAGUUAGAUUCUUUCGGUGGCACUACCAACGUAAUAAAAUAUGUCUCGAAAGUAUCAACUAGGGCAACAACUCUUCCCAAAGAAGUAUGCGUAGUUAGUCCAGGUAUUAAAACGCAGCGUAGUGAACUCACCUACAUUGAACCUUCAGCAUCCAGCAGUCGAUGGUCUCAGCAAUUCGAUGAUAUUGAGUAUAUUGAUGAGGAUGAUGCUGUUGUCAUGUGUGAUGCUACUGAACGCAUUCCACUCGUUGAUUGUUUAAAAGCUGCUGAAACCUCUCGCAAAGGGAUGAGACAGUUAAGUGAUAUAACGUCAGUACUGGACAAACUAGUAAAGUUAGCGAAUGAUCUAACUACGCGCUGUGCGGUGGGACAGUUAAGUAAUGACGAGAGCUCAAACCCCGUGAAUCUGCAGUCAUUACCAUAUCGCUGUAUGAAUGAUUCGAUAAAGGAAAACCAUACAACAGUGUCCUCUCUGAGAUCGCAGUUGAAGGAUAUUUCGAAAAAAGUUUCACAGAUCGAGAAGAAAAUUAGUUAUGGAGAUGAAUUACUCGAUGAAGUUUGUGGUGAUUUGCAAGAAAGAAUUCAGCAUAUUAAAGUGGUACUUGGUGAACAGCCUGUAUUAGGUGAUGAAAAUAUUUCCUUCCUUACCAUGAAUAAUAAAGCACCUUUUUGGAAUGAAGCUAGCCAAGUAUAUCAGCUAGAUUUUGGUGGUCGUGUAACUCAAGAAUCAGCGAAGAAUUUCCAAAUCGAAUACGGCGAUCAGCAAGUGAUGCAAUUUGGACGAAUAGAAAAUGGCUCUUACACGCUUGAUUUCCGUUCACCAUUUAGUGCCGUGCAAGCAUUUGCUGUUGCACUUGCAUCCAUUACUCAACGUUUGAAAUAA